CUUCUGAAGAGAAAAAAGUCUGAAAAAGGGCUGCAAGGAGUGACUGGAGAAUGGUUUGAAGAAAUAAAAAGAAAAAAAUUUCAGAAUUACACUGAUGUCAAUAGAAUGUUAAAACCACCAUUAGAGCAUCAGCUAAGGAAGAGCAAAAACACCAAUCAUAAAGAAUUAAAAAUGUCAUUCCGCACAAAUCCCCAAGCACAAAAGAACACUUCAACUUCCUUUCUGGGAUUCAGAUCACCUUUUGCUUGGCUUUCCUCCUUUAGAAAAUCAAGGAAAACCCAGACUCAGAAGCAACCACGCCAACAUUUACAUCCUCCUGCCUACAGAUAUGACAGUUCUGCUAGCCCACCCUCGAAAGUGGAAGAAAUGGCAACGGCUGAAAUGUGUAAUUCCCCAAUGUCAACUGAAAUGAGUGGUCAUUCUUUUGAUACAAACCAAAUUGAAAUGAUGGAGAAAAGUACACAGGAAUGGAAUGAUCAGCUAGAGAAGGAGUUUUUCAGUGGAAGAACACAGUUUAAAGUGGUAAUUAAAGGACUUUCUCCAAAUGAAGUCACCAGAAUUUACACCCCUCUGCCUUUGGAUAGAAAUGAUGGUACAUUUCUUAUGCGGUAUCGGAUGUAUGGAAGUGUCAUGAAAGGCUUAAAAAUUGAGAUACUUUAUGGUGAUCAGCAUGUAGCUCGAUCUCCUUAUAUUUUGAAAGGACCAGUUUAUCAUGAAUAUUGUGACUGUCCUGAAGAAGACCCUGAGGGCUGGCAGAACAUUAUGUCUUGUCCAUCCCAAGAACCUCAGAUUACAAAAGACUUCAUUUCUUUUCCCACCAUUGACCUUCAGCGAAUGCUUAAGGAAAUCCCAGCAAAAUUCAGUCAAACAAGAGGUGCUAUUGUUCAUUACACUAUUCUAGAUAAUCACAUCUACCGUCGCUCCUUAGGGAAGUAUACAGACUUCAAAAUGUUCUCCGAUGAAAUGUUCCUGUCACUGGCAAGAAAGGUUCGUCUUCCUGAUGUGGAGUUUUAUCUUAAUGUUGGAGACUGGCCAGUUGAGUAUCGGAAAGCUAAUGAUACACCUGGUCCUAUACCUGUCAUUUCAUGGUGUGGCUCUGUGGAUUCCAGAGAUAUAGUCCUUCCAACGUAUGAUGUAACCCACUCAACUCUUGAAACACUACGUGGAGUCACAAACGAUCUCCUUUCCAUUCAAGGCAAUACAGGUCCAUUCUGGGAAAACAAAACUGAGCGAGCUUUAUUUAGAGGUCGAGACAGCCGGGAAGAACGUCUCCAUCUUGUCAAGUUAUCCAAGGAAAAUCCAGAACUACUAGAUGCUGGAAUAACAGGAUAUUUCUUCUUCAGAGAAAAAGAAAAUGAUCUGGGAAAGGUUCAGCUGAUGGGCUUCUUUGACUUCUUUAAGUACAAAUAUCAAGUGAAUGUAGAUGGCACUGUAGCAGCUUACAGGUUUCCAUACCUCUUGCUGGGUGAUAGUUUAAUAUUGAAGCAAGAUUCCCAAUACUAUGAACACUUUUAUAAUGGAUUAAAACCUUGGAAACAUUAUGUUCCAGUUAAAAGAAACUUAGAGGACUUGCUAGAGAAAAUAAAAUGGGCUAAGGAAAAUGAUGAAGAAGCAAGAAAAAUUGCUAAAGAAGGACAGUUAAUAGCAAGAGAAUUACUUCAACCUCACAGGUUUUACUGCUACUAUUAUAAAGUGCUCCAGGAAUAUGCCAAACGUCAAGCCAGCAAACCUGAAAUACGGGAUGGAAUGGAACUUGUACCUCAGCCUGAUGACAGAGACUCAGUAUGCAGUUGCCACAGGAAAAAGCCUUUAAGGGAAGAUCUAUAACUGUACUGGAUGGAGAAAAUCACCCACUUAAAAUGCAAGAAUAAGAAUUAAGCUGUGAAAUCUAAGACACUUAUGCACUAGCAAACAUUCUUAGUUAUGUAUUCUUGUAUUUUCAUACCCUUUUUCACACUCACUCUGAUCUACAACGUUGGUUCCCACAAGUUUGGCUCCAUGACCACCACCAAACAGAUACUGAGCCUGUAAUGGGGAGCAUCUAGGGAAUUUGUUUGAUGUACUGCAUCAUCAGGAAGAACACAGUGUUGCUUGUGUUCCAGCAGGGACCUAUUUACCAAAGUUUUGUGAGGAACCAAUCACCACAGAAGAUCUUGUCAUGAGUUAUUCUAAAGGAGCAUUUGUAACAUACUAAAACAGUGUUAUGAUUUCUUCAUAAAGUUUACCUCAAUUUUAGAUGGAUUCUUUUACACAAAACAAUUUUCUAACUAGACAAAAGGAAUAUUUGAUAUUUACAGGUAUCAGAUCUGGUCUUGCUUUGAGAUUAUUUUGUGGUCUAUGACAGAUAAUAGAAUAGACAACAUGAUAUAAUACUCAUCAAUUUUAGAGGAAAAUGGAGAGGAGGGGGAGAGACUAGAAUAAUAUGUUUAUAAGCGUCAUGGCUGUGAAUCACCAAAAUUAAAUGCUGCUUUAAAGCAGACUGUGUAACUAUCACAAUCACAAUGUUUCUAGUGCCAACUCUGAAGACUUGUUCCCUGCCAGUGACUGUAUCUGUGAAUAUAGACACAGAUCCACAAAAGUACUUGGGAAUUUCAGGCCAGGUGAAAUACUGGUGUCUUAGUUCAACAAUAGCAUCUACAGUAUUCUAGGCUACUUGAAAUCUGAAAUUUGUUAGCAGAGUUUUAGGCCACCUAGGUUUAACUUUUGUGUAGAGCUAUGGAAUGCCACCAUCUUUUUCACUUGGCUUCAGGACUACUUUUUCCUGUGCCUAAGUCCCCUGGGGCAUCUUACUAAUUUCCUGAAUUUGGAUCAUGCCUAACCUUAUACUGAAAUCAGAGAGUAGAUCAGACUUCAUUGUUUGGUUCACACAUAUGAUGAAAAACCCUAUGCUGUGCUUUCUGUGUAAUAGUGUAGGGGUUAGAGUCCACAUUAAGCAAUUGGGAAGCUAAUUGUCCUCCUUGGUUUGAUUUAAAGCAAAUUUUCAAGAGAAUGCCUUAGCUCCAGACUAGACAAGAGGUCUUCAGGUCUUCCACUUAAGUUGUGCAGCCAUGAAACUAACAAUGCAAAAUUCACAGGAUCAGAAGGAGCUGGUCAUACCAUUGCAAUAAAGCGUGUCUUUGGGUGAGACAGAAGAAAAAUCCUAGUCCUGGAUGUGGCUCCAAAUAUGUCUGUUGAUUUUUACCCAAGUUUGUCUACUUCAAAAUGCAUAAACAGUCCUGGAAGGAGACACAGAUACCAAGACCAGUGCCCACACACCCAUUUCUGUCCUUUGCAUUUUCACUGUGGCUAAUGUAGCUGCCUGAGGAGCUUCCAACUCAGCUACACUUGGAUUAUACCUUUCCUGGAUACCAAAUUCUCCCUACCAUUGCUUUGGUGCACAAAGUUUAGUGCUCUAAACCUCAUGCUGGCUUAAUUCACAGUUCUUUACUGCAAGUUACUCGUGUAAAAUUUCUGCAUUAGAACAGGAAGAAAGGCUAGAUUUUUCUCUAUGCUAAAUAUGAAAAGAACUUCAGGUUUCUAAAGAGGUUAACCCAUCCAUCAUUUAUUACAUUAUGCCAGUUAAGAAAAAAUUCUGUAGUGUGUUGCUCUACCCAUAAUCCUCUUUGUUUUGGUUCUAACACUAAUAUAUAUAGUGGUUGUAUUUUUAUUUAGCAUGACAAUCAGUCCUAGAAUCCUUCAGACUAUAAAGAUGUGUUCAACUGGUCUGACAUAAAAUUUUCUACAUCAAAAUUAUGGGAGAGGGUUCCACUGCUGAAGCUGACACAACUGAGUAUGGGCUUUUCUUUCCUUUUAUGUGUACAGCAAUUUUUACUGUAUGGUAUGAUCCUAUUUUUGAUAUCGAUUAUACCAUGUGCAUUUUAUAUUCACCGAUAUUUUUGGAAGUGGUGUGCUCAGCAAAGACAAUUAAGCAUACCAGAUGGUUGAAGCAACAAAGUUUUCUGCAUAUUUCAAACCAAAAGUCCAAAAUUUCUCCAUUUUUAUUUUUAAAAACGGGAGCGAACAGGCGGAGUCAUGAUGCAUACUUUCUAGUUCUUUGGAAGUAUCUGUGUAGGAAAACUUCCCUGGCUUGAAGUCUUUCAAACUGGAAGAAGAAUCACAUUAAAUGUAAAUGUAAAUUAUGAAUAUAAAUAAAUGUGAAUAUUUCAUCCCUCCUUUCUUCCCUCAUAAAAAAGAGGAAAGAAACUAUUCUAAAUUCUUCUCUGCCAAAAAGCUCUUUGCUUUUAUAAUAAGCAUCCCCUCAAAGCAAAAGCUGUUUUGUCACAGAAUGCCUUACAGAUGCUUUUAUAGCUUACAGGCAAGAAAUAUCCUGAAAAAUAUGAAUACGUUCAUCUUCCUGACAAAAUUAAAAAAACAGUGUAGACAUAGUGGAACUUUUACUAAAAGUCCAUAGUACUUUGAGAAAAUUUGGUUCAAUUUAUAACUAUAGAUCUUCCAAAGAUAAAAGCCUUUCUUCUUUCCAUUGAUGGUACUACAUGCAAUUUAAAUGAAGAGCAAUCAUAACAAUUGCCCCACCGGGCCAGAAAGGAUGUCAGACCUAUUUGAGUUUGAUGACAGGAUGAUAACCAUUGGCCUAGUGUGUUACAGGAAUUGUUAAAUACUCAGUAAAACCUGUUUGUGCAAGUAAAGUGUAAUACAUACAUUAUAGUAUUUUUAGAGUAGAGUCUACUAAAGUAGUUCUAGAACAGCAGCUGUUCAAAGGUAUAAAAAUCUCUUGUUGGUGGUAAUUUUAAAAAACAGUUACCGUACCAGAGUACUGAAUUUUCCUGUAGUAAUUUCAGCUUUUAAAUACAGGGAGUAAAUCUGUCCUGUUUUCAUCAAGGGUUUUAUCAGUAAUGACAGAGACAGGUUUAUUUGUUUGAAAUAGUAUUCCCUAAAGCCCAGGGCCAAUGUUUUCAAACAUUGGAAUCUACAUAGAAGGGGUCGGACAGUUGGUCAUGCAGAGCCUUUGCUUAGAGUUCUUUAUUUUUAGAUUCUUUUAGCCUAAACAGUAGUUUCCUACUGUGAACACUGCUUUUAUGUUACAUCAUAUAUGUCCUAAUAUAUUUAGGCACCCACAUUUGGAAAUACCCAACCUCAGUUUCAUUUUGAAAUGAGAACUAGUAAAUCAUGAUCUGUUGAACAUAAAGGAGAUAAAAAUUCAUAUAUUUUUAGACUGUAUUUCUUGAGAUUUACCUCAAGAUAACCAGUAGACUAGUUUCAUAACAGUAUUAUGCCAGGCCCGCCUUGUAGAUUCAUAAUUAAAAAAAACCUAUAAUCAAAGCUUGUCUGAUGGAAUGUUAGAUUCAAGCGUCCAUCCUGGGAAGCAUACGCCCGACAUUUAUUACAUUAUAAAGUAAAUUGUUUAGUUAGGGAGGAGAGCUGACAGGGAAAACAUACAUCACCUGUUUGAGCACUUUUGAGAAGCUUGCAAAGAAACUGUAAUAAGGAAAAGAAUCAUUAUAUAAACUUAUGAUAUUAUCAACUCCUUUACUACUGCAGUUUUCAAAAGUUUUGUCUGUAAGGGCAAGAUUUUUUAUGAAUAUACUAUUGUUUAGGUUCACAGGAUUUAACCACCAGAAUCUUCUUGCCUCUGAAUAUUUUUACAGCAUUUUAAAGAGGCUAUAGGAGUACUGAUGCUUGAGUUUCGAGUACAGUGCUUCUGUUUUGAGUCAUUAAUAAGAAAAUCUCUACUGCAGAGAGCUAUGGCCCUAAUUUUGUGUUUUGCUGUAAGAUUAAGGGAAAAACGGCUACAUGCAUGUCUGUUUGAAGUAAUUUUAGACAUCUGUAGGAAUUACCUUUAUCGAGUCCCAUCAUGUGAGCAGUGAUAAACCACAAGUGUAUUAGCAGGAAUGUGGCCAGCAGAUCAGGGCAGAUGUUUCUUCACUUCUUUUUGGUAGUUGUGAGACUGCAAGUGGAGUACUGUAUUCAAUUUUGGACUCCUCUGUACAGGAAAUACGUUGACGGUCCAUGUUGACCAUGGACCACCGAGGUGAUAAAGGGGUUGGGGCACAUGGUCUGUGAGGAGAAGCUCGGUGAGCAGCAUUAGGUCAACCUUAAAAAGAGAAGGUAAAGGAAAGAUUACCCUGCUGAACUCCAGAGGGAGGGUGUAGAAAAGAUGAAGCCAGACUUCUCAGAGGUACACAGCAGAAAGCCUACAAACCACAGACACAAGCUGCAACGUGGGAAAUUCCAGUAAGAUAAGAGAAAAAAAAUCUUACACUGAUAUCCCCAAGGAGAUGAAGCUUGGCUACAUGACCUCCAGAUUCUCAUUAUUCUAUGAACUACAUUUCAGUCAUACAACAAGCAUUUAUGUAGUCACAUAGCAAAAGGAUGAAAACAUGCAGCUCUUCAGUGUCUCCAAGAGGCAGUGUAGCCUUUCCGUGCUGACACUUUUGACUCUAUUGAUGUUUAUGUCUCCUCUGAUAAUAUUGAGAAAGUUUUGCAAGUAUUUGAAUGUUGGAUUAUAAAGCUGUGAAAUUAUAUAUUAAUAUUAUACAUUAUUAUUAUAUAUUACCACAAUAUAUCAUAGUCGUGCAAUACACAGAAGAUCUCACAGAAAUAGAAUGUAUUGAUUUGGCAUUAUAUGCCUGGAUUGAAAGUGCAAGAUCUGCUUGUUCAAGAAGCUGAAUAUACACUUUACAGGAAUGAGACAAUUACAAAAUGUUUUGAGUACAGUUAUGAACCAUCAAAGUUAUUAAUUUAAAGCAGUCAAUAGGAAUAUUAAUGUACUUUAUAAGUUAUACAUAAAUAUCAGCGUGCUCUGUAGGCCACUGGUGAGUGAUCAUGACAUAUUCCUAUCCCACUCCCAACUCAAAAAAAAAUCAGUCAGGAUCUGUACAGUAAGGUUUUAUUUGCUAAAAUAUAAGAUACAGAAGAAUCAAAAAAAAUCAUACUUCUGACAUAACCACUCAAGCAAAAUCCUACAGAGAGGAAAUUCAAUUCAUUCUGGCAAGUGUCCUUAAGAUCAUUUACUUACGCUGUUUGGCAAGAAGAGUUAUUUAAAAAAUGUGAGGAAUGUAUGUUGCUGAUAGAACCUGCAUUUCUGCCAAUAAAUUGUGCUUUCUACUGCC